AGAUGACACAGUUGUUCCCCAGCACCGGCUGGCGGGCAGCAUGGUUCACUCCAGCAUGGGGGCUCCAGAAAUAAGAAUGUCUAAGCCCCUGGAGGCCGAGAAGCAAAGUCUGGACCCCCCAUCAGAGCACACAGACACGGAAAGAAAUGGACCCGACGUUAACCAUCAGAACCCCCAGAAUAAGGCUUCCCCUUUCUCUGUGUCCCCAACUGGCCCCAGCACCAAGAUCAAGGCUGAAGACCCCAGUGGUGACUCAGCCCCAACAGCACCCCUACCCCCCCAGCCGGCUCAGCCUCACCUGCCCCAGGCCCAACUCAUGUUGACGGGCAGCCAGCUAGCUGGGGACAUACAGCAACUUCUCCAGCUCCAACAGCUGGUCCUUGUCCCCGGCCACCACCUCCAGCCACCCGCUCAAUUCCUGCUGCCACAGGCCCAGCAGAGUCAGCCAGGCCUGCUACCGACGCCAAACCUAUUCCAGCUACCUCAGCAAACCCAGGGAGCUCUCCUGACCUCCCAGCCUCGGGCUGGGCUUCCUACACAGCCCCCAAAAUGCUUGGAGCCGCCGACCCACCCAGAGGAGCCCAGUGAUCUGGAGGAGCUGGAACAGUUCGCUCGCACCUUCAAGCAACGCCGCAUCAAGCUGGGCUUCACGCAGGGUGAUGUGGGCCUGGCCAUGGGCAAGCUCUAUGGCAACGACUUCAGCCAGACGACCAUUUCCCGCUUCGAGGCCCUUAACCUGAGCUUCAAGAACAUGUGCAAACUCAAGCCCCUCCUGGAGAAGUGGCUCAAUGAUGCAGAAACUAUGUCUGUGGACUCAAGCCUACCCAGCCCAAACCAGCUGAGCAGCCCCAGCCUGGGUUUCGACGGCCUGCCGGGGAGGAGACGCAAGAAGAGGACCAGCAUCGAGACGAAUGUCCGUUUCGCCUUAGAGAAGAGUUUCCUAGCGAACCAGAAGCCUACCUCAGAGGAGAUCCUGCUGAUCGCCGAACAGCUGCACAUGGAGAAGGAAGUGAUUCGCGUCUGGUUCUGCAACCGGCGCCAGAAGGAGAAACGCAUCAACCCCUGCAGCGCGGCCCCCAUACUGCCCAGCCCGGGGAAGCCCACCAGCUACAGCCCUCACCUGGUCACACCCCAAGGGGGCGCAGGGACCUUACCAUUGUCCCAAGCUUCUAGCAGUCUGAGCACAACAGUUACUACCUUAUCCUCAGCUGUGGGGACGCUCCACCCCAGCCGGACAGCAGGAGGGGGUGGGGGUGGGGGCGGAGCCGCGCCCCCCCUCAAUUCCAUCCCCUCUGUCACUCCCCCACCCCCGGUCACCACCAACAGCACAAACCCGAGCCCUCAAGGCAGCCACUCGGCUAUCGGCUUGUCGGGCCUGAACCCCAGCACGGGAAGCACAAUGGUAGGGUUGAGCUCUGGGCUGAGUCCAGCCCUCAUGAGCAACAACCCUUUGGCCACCAUCCAAGCCCUGGCCUCUGGUGGAACCCUGCCCCUUACCAGCCUUGAUGGCAGCGGGAAUCUGGUGCUGGGCGCAGCUGGUGCGGCCCCAGGGAGCCCCGGCCUAGUGACCUCGCCUCUCUUCUUGAACCACGCUGGGCUGCCCCUGCUCAGUGCCCCGCCAGGUGUGGGCCUGGUCUCAGCGGCGGCUGCAGCCGUGGCAGCUUCCAUCUCCAGCAAGUCUCCUGGCCUCUCGUCAUCUUCUUCAUCCUCAUCGUCCUCCACUUGCAGUGAGGUGGCAGCACAGACCCCUGGAGGCCCAGGGGGACCCGAGGCCGGGUCCAAGGCUGAGUGAAAACUCACCAGGCAUUCCUCCUACUCCUCUGAUUUCCCCCAACCUUGGUCCUCUGCCCAGGAGAGGGCGAGGAGGCUGGUGGGAGACACAGUGGAUCCUCAGAGCAGGAGUGACAAAGGAGGAAGACCAAAAAUCCAACCAAAAAACAAAAACAAAAAAACCAAAAAACAAAAGAAAACCCUAACCAACGAAAAAGAAAACCAAAAAUAUUCUCAACAGAAACCAGCUGCCCUAAUGGAACCAGAGAUGAAAAACAAACAACACAAAAACAACCCCAAAGCAACCAACCCCCCC